GGCCGAGCCUCAGUGACGCCUCCCGGUCCCCAUUCGCUGGGUCCGCCCGCCCAGCCCUGCCCAGACUGCGGGAGCUCCGCGCCCACAGCCCGCCGGGCAGCCCCGGACAGCGCCGGCAGCCCCGCAGGCAGCGGGCAGCACCGGACAGCGCCCGCAGGUUCCCCUCUCAGAGACAGCCCCCACCGGGCACCUCAGCAGCAAGAUGAACCCCACCGUGGGCAUCGCUGUCAUCCUGACAGUCCUCCAGGCUGCCCACUGCCAGAUGAUCAAGGACCUGAGUGCCUGCCUGCUGGGCCAGAACCUGCGCGUGGACUGUCGCUAUGAGAACAAAACCGACAACCCCCUGACCUACGAGUUCAGCAUCACCAAGGACAACAGGAAGCACGUCAUCCACAGCACCAUCAGCGUCUCCGAGAACAUCUACCGGAGCCGAGCCAACGUCACCAUGCACAAGAACCUGGUGUGCCUGUACCUGCAGAGCUUCACCACCAGUGAUGAGGGCAUCUACAUGUGCGAGCUGAAGGCCACCAACGACUACACCGGCAACCAGAUAAAGAACAUCACUGUUAUCAAAGACAAACUGGAGAAAUGCGCCGGCUUCAGCCUCUUGAUCCAGAACACCUCGUGGCUCCUGCUGCUGCUCCUUUCCCUCCCUCUCCUGCAAGCCGUGGACUUCGUGUCCCUGUGAAAGGCGAAACACACACACACAGCGCUCGCACACACACGCACGCACACACCGAGCACCCAGCCACCCCGCCUUCCUCGCAGCCCCUGGAAAGAGAAGCUGAAGCGUCUGGAAGCCGUGAAACCUCUCUGUGUUAUCUCUAUUUAGCCGUAUAUCUAACGCUAACCACCGUCCCGUGCCGAGGCCCGCCAUCCCACGCACACACGCCCCGCUCCGAAGCAUGGUGGCUCUGCUAGGCAGCGUUGCUUCUCCCAUCGCGCCUCCCCGCUCCGUAGGCUGGCUGGUUUGCUUGUGCUGGGGGCACUGGAGGCCUCAGCCUCGCUUGUCCCGUCCCUUUAACUCUUGGGGUUUGCCUGUUCUCAACUGGAGAAAGACAGCUGGAUUGGCAGGUAAGAGAGAGGGGUGAUGUGAGAGCAUGCGGAGGGUGCCCGUGGUGGGUGCUGUGCCUGGAGGUGACAGGGCUCUUGGUGUCCCCACCUGCCCUGCCUGCCACCCAGGUGACUGCUUCCUCACCCUGCUCCUCUCCCCCUGAGCUGCCACGGCUGGGAGAGGGCACAAAAUGUCUCCUGUCCCAGUGAACAGGGGAGCCAUGGGAUGCUGCUGGGCCUGGCAGGCUGGGAGGAGAGAGAGGAGCAGGUCUAGGAGACACCAUGAACCCCCCCUGCCUCCUCAGGGUUCCUCUGGGGCCCUGGGAAUGGGCUCAGUGCAAACAUGCCUCGGCAACAAGUUUUUCCUAAUCUGUUUCUUACAGCUGAGCUGGAAGUGAGGCCUCCUCCAGACACCAUCUGGUACCUUUGGGCUGCCCGAGCCAGAGACACCACUCGCUCUCCCCGGGGACCAGCCCUUAGCUGUGACGAGAGAAUUGCUGCCAGCACCAGUGGAGGCAAGCAGAGCCUCUCUGAGCUAGCCACAGCCCCCCUGCCCUCCCCAGGGCCCUCAGAGCUGCACCCGGGCUGGCUGGUGGGGAGGGGGUUCCCCUCUGGGAGUGUGACCCCAGGGUCUCACAGGGACUCCUCUGCACCGGCACUUUGUCUUCUCUAAGGGAACAUCUGAGGACCCCAGUCCUUCCUCAUGGAGAGGCUGAGCAGUCUUCCUCAAAUCCCACCGUGCUCCUGGGAGGAGCCCGUGUGCCCCUUCCCUUCUCCCUCCUCCCUUUUAGCAUUUCCCUGUCUCCCUUUAAGAGCAGCAAAGGAUCUGAGGGCAGCCCACAACCUCAGUGAGGCCAGGAUGGUGCCAGGGGUUGGUGAGAGCAGGGACAGGGAUGGCCAGCACAGCUCAGAUCUGCCAGCCCAGGGCUGCCCGGAUGCCCACGGCACCCCAAGGAGCCUCACCCAGGGGAGGGCACAGGGAAAGGAAGAGGCAGGCAGAGCAUCCAGGUGCAUGGGGU